AUGGCGUAUCUCGUAUGGUAUUUGGUAUUUACCGACCGGCGCAAGGAGAGACACUUCACCAUACUGCAGCAGGACCUAGCACGAGCAGGACACCAGGAGAAAAGAAGAGGUGUGGGAGGUGUGAGCUCAUCUCAACCUCCACAGCGGCCGCAUGGUAUCCGGGGCCUUGGCACGCCGUACCUCUUUGUCGGUCGUCAGGUACACCACACGCCAAUUCGCGCUGUGGAGGGUACUGCCGAGCCCCGGCGCGACGACUCGAGACACGGUCGGGAGGUACCUGAGACACCCAAACCACCUUCCACCACCCAGCACCAGUCGCUUCUGAACGUGACGGCAGGCACGCAGGCACUCAGGCACAGCAAAUGGCAAUGGCAACCCAGCCAAAAAACAUACACACUCGAGGUGUGGCGUUAUCCGGUCGGUGAAGUCAGCCACUUGGAAGCCGCCGUUGACCGCCCGUGGAGCGCCGCCCCUCUGGCCGGCCUGUCCAUGAUCACCCCGCCGUUGAUGAGGGAUGAAAAGAGUUGCAUGCUGACCUUGCUGGCUCAAUUGAUCAUUUACACGUGUAUGCCCUACCGACCGAUGGUGGUGCACCGCAAUGCACUGCACCGCGCUCCGCGCUCCCACCUCUCCGGCCUGAGGCGAGUCGGGGCCGCGUCCCGGGACACAUCUCAUCUCACAUUCGAGCAGCCCUCCCGGCACGCCGGGUCAGAUGGGCUGUCUAAAAAUUCCAGACCGCCUCGCACGCUUGUCAGGUCGUCCGUCCUCAUGACCUUUUCCACCCCCGGAGGACUCGCCGAAGGCGGGAAGGACCCUGAAACCGACAUCGGUAUCUGUCCGGUCAAACUGCACGUUUUGGCCGCCGUUGGAAGAAAAAAUGACUGGUCCAAAUUCAUCGCGGCCCCAGGAAUGACCUACACCAGACCCCACCCAGAUCUAGUUCCGCGAUGCAUGGCAGGAGACCUCGGCAUCCCAGCAUCCAAUCCUCUAUUCAUACGUACAGUUUGCAAAAUAUUGGUUGAUAAUGAGAGGAAUUGCCAAAAAAUUGUCAAUGGCCCUCACGGGUAUAACGCCGAUGGAACUCGAGUGACGACUGACCAGCAAGGACCCAACGGCGAUCCACGGGGAAGAAGUUACAAUGCGUCUCUUGAACUGAUACGGCCUUUUGCUUUCAAGUUCGUCCCUCUGACGAAGCCUCUACAUCUCGGCGAAUCAGUAGCCUCAACCAAUCUCCAAAUGAGUCAGAUCCAAGCAAGCUUGCUUCACGUGUUGUAUCCGCAUUCCUCUUUUGUUCUGUCCCCCGCCUCAAAUUAUAUUACAAUGAUAUCACUCGUGACUACCCCAACAAAGUCAAUCCCAGUUUGCCAAACGCUCGGGGCCGCAACCCUCUUCCCGCGCAGUGUCAAAGACUUGCGACCGACAUGGUACGAUCUCAUUCCUUGGCACCCUUCAAAGUUCCCUUUUGGAGGCUCCCAUGGCUCAGCUGUGGUAAUUGGGUCUCAGCUGUCCAGGCACAGCAAUGGUGGCGGCCGUGGAGGUGAUACUUUUGCGCCGUAG